AUGUCUCAUCAAAUUCUUCAGGCCUCACCCGUUUCCAUUCCAAAAUCACCAUCUUCCGAGAAAGUGUGCAAGGAAAAGGAGACAGAUAAGUCAGCUCCGCAGAGCGCUGUGACUUAUGUCUAUCAAGCGAAAAUAGCUGAAUUGUGCUGCAAUGUCACAGUGACAUGGUGUAAAAACCUAACUAGCCAUUCCCUCUGCAUCACAGUGGAAAAGCCUUGUCAACAAAAUCAGUGCUGUAUUUGUAAGAUUGACUUAAACUCUACUCAGUUUUGGGGCAAGAAAGGUCUCAAAUCGUUUGAAGUAGAUGGAAGACGGGUAGAUGUGUAUUGGGAUUUUCGACAGGCAAAAUUCUCCUGCAUCCCAGAGCCAUGCUCGAAUUACUAUGUUGCCUUGGUGUCCAAACAAGAGGUGGUUUUACUGCUGGGGGACUUAAUGGAAGAUGCUUAUAAGCGGACGAGAUCAAGAUCAUCAUCGGAAGAGGCUAGGUUGAUGUACAAGAAGGAGAAUGUGUGUGGGAAAGGAUUGUUUUGCACCAAAGCCAUGUUGGAGGAAGGGAGGAAAGAACAUGACAUUGUGAUUGAAACAUUGUUGUCCGGGCCCAAAGAUCCUGAAAUGUGGAUUAGCGUAGACGGGACAGUGGCAAUUCGGAUUAUGAACUUGAAUUGGAGGUUUAGAGGGAAUAAAACUGUGAUGCUGAAUGAUAUGCCAGUUGAAAUUUUUUGGGAUGUGCAUGAUUGGUUGUUUAGUAGCUUAGGCACAAGCCAAGGGUUUUUCAUUUUUAAGGCAGGGAGGGUAGAUUGGGAAUCAUCGAAUAUCAAUUACGAUUAUGCGAGUAGAAAUGGAAACUGCAGCAGUUGCAGCCUGCAGCACAGUCCAUAUAACUCACCAAAAGGCAAAGGGAGUUCAUCAAACAUAGGAGGGUUUUGCCAUUUUCUCUAUGCUUGGAAAACCGAGUGA